AUGGAAACUACAGCUUUCAAGUUGAUACCGCGUAGACGACCUCCAUGGCUAUUAGGUUUACGAUCUUCGACAACAUUCAUCAUUAUAACAGUCUGGAUGUCUACAUUUACAGAAUUCUUCCUAUACGCCAUGAUCGUACCAGUGAUGCCAACGGCACUGUCACAUGACACGAGCAAAGGUCAAAUACGAAGAUCGUUCGUCCAACCCUUUCCAAUAAAAAAGCCUACUCACAAAAAAAUAGAAGAAUACUGGAUCAGUAUCCUACUCGCAAGCGAAGCCGGAACAGCCCUCCUUUUCUGCCCCAUAUUCGGCUACUUCGUCGACCGAACCCGCACACGCAAAGCCCCAUUCAUAUGCGCGCUCACCCUACUAGCCGGCUGCAUGGUAAUACUGCAUAUAUCGCACUCACUGACACUUUUCAUGGUAAGUAGAGCGUUAGAAGGCUGCGCGAGUGCAUUGGCAGUUGUGUCGUCGUUCGCGUUGCUAAGCGAUUCUGUCCUUCAAGAAUAUCUUGGUCAGACUAUUGGGCUUGUGGGGUCUGCUAUUGCGUGUGGGUUUUUGUUUGGCCCUUUUCUUGGCGGAUUACUUUUUCAUAAUUGCGGCUAUGAUGCUGUUUUUUAUGCUGCUUAUUUGCUUGUUUUAGUUGACUUGGUGUUGAGGACUGGCAUGAUUGAAAAGAAGGUUGCUUCUUCGUAUCUCAGCUCUGAGAAUGGGAUCGAGUUUGAGUCGGCGGAGCCGGGCCUUGAACAGAGGGAUAUGGGCUUUGCUUUGUUCAAGAUUCUUCGGCAGCGCCGGGUUUUGAUUUCUUCUUGGGGGCUUUUAGUGCAGGGUAUCCUGCUGUCUGCAUUUGAUACUACACUUUCUAUCUUCGUUGAGACGCGAUAUGGCUGGUCCACACUUGGCAUGGGUUUGAUUUUCCUCCCACUGGGUAUAACAGCUUUCUUCCAGCCAUUGUUUGGUUCCAUCACAGAUCGCCACGGUGCUCGCAUCAUGGCAUUCACAUGUUUCUUCCUCCUAUCGCCAGCCCUCAUCUGCCUCGGGUUCGUAGAGAAAAACUCCACAGAAUCAAUCACACUGUUAAUCAUCUUACUCACCAUCAUCGGCAUCUUCAUCCACGCCUGCACACCGGCAAUGUACGUCGAGACGCAACUUACACUAGCCGCUAUGGAACUCAAGGAUCCAGGUCUAUUUGGGCCCAAGAGUGCCGUGGCGCAGGGAUUUGGUCUACAAAGCAUGUGCCAAUUCGCGGGUCUAUUCUUCGGACCGCUUUGGGGUGGAUUUGUGGAGUAUAGGUUUGGGUGGGGCGUUAUGACGGGGACUCUCGGUGUCUUGACUUUACUCACUGCUUUGCCGAUGCUUUGGCUGAGUGGUACUGAGAUCCAGGACGAAGAAAGACAACCUUUGUUAAACUCGUGA